UUGUCUUCUUUCAAUCACCGGUCAGAGGGGGCUGAGCGGUGGGCCCCGGUGGCGAGGCGGUGGCAAUAAAUUGCCACGUCACAAAUGCGAUUGUGAGGCUCCGUGACCCCGCCCAGGUGACCCGGCCCCUGGUUAAGGAUGGGGACCGCGGAGACCGGUGCCCCCGCCUCGUCUGCUGCUCCAGCUCCGCUCCGCACACGGAGUCCUCCGGCGGCGGCCGCCGCACUGAGGCGCGGGGCUGAGGUUGUUGUGACCUUUGAGGACGUUGCUGUGUAUUUCUCCAGAACAGAAUGGCAUUUCCUUGAUGAGGCUCAGAAAAUCCUGUACUUUGAUGUGAUGCUGGAGAACUAUGCUCUUAUAUCAUCACUGGGUUGCUGCUGUGGAACAGAGGAUGUGGAAGCACCCAUUGAACAGAAUGUUUCUGAAAGAGUCUCGAAGGUUAAAAAUCUUAAGUCAUCACUAUCUGCACAGAAGAGCCACCCCUGUGAGAGUUGUGGGUUCAUCUUGAGACACAUUUUCCUCUUGGUUGACCAGCAGGGAACACAACAAAGACCAACACUGCUGAGGUGUGGGGCAUGUGCAAAACCAUUUUAUUUCAGUGCACACCAACACAAGCACUGGGAGCAGGACAUAAAAAAGAAUUGUUUCAUAAGCAGUGUGGAUAGGGUCUCAUUGGCAAAGACCUGCAAAUCCCAUGCGUCGUGGGAGCCUUGUACCACUCAUCAGGUUGGAACAUGCUUCCUUAUCAGCUCUAGACAUCUUGAGCAACUGGGCACACAAACCAUGCACAGGACAAACAAAAUCUCUAAGAUUAGAAUGACUUCUCAAAAUAGAAAAUAUCAUUACACCCAAACAGAAUGUAAAAAGACAAUUGGCUGUGAUGACACACUUGUUGAGGGCCAGAGUUUAUUUACAGGAAGACAGUGUUUUGUGUGUUUUGAAUGUAAGAAGUCUUUUUCCAGAAUUUCUUCCCUCCGUGUUCAUCAGAGAGUUCAUACUGGAGAAAGGCCUUAUCAUUGCAGUGAAUGUGGGAAAUCUUAUACCAGUAGCUAUGCCCUCCGUAAGCAUCACAAAAUUCACACCGGAGAAAGGCCUUAUGAGUGCAGUGAUUGUAGGAAAUCUUUUACCACUAGCUCUCUUCUGCAUUACCAUCAGAGAGUUCACACUGGAGAAAGGCCUUAUGAGUGUGGUGAAUGUGGGAAAGCUUUUUCCUGGAGUUCUUCCCUUCAAUGUCAUCAGAGAGGUCACACUGGAGAAAGACCUUAUGAGUGUGAUGAAUGUGGGAAAUCUUUUAAGAGAAGCUCUGACCUCCGUGUUCACCAGAGAGUUCACACUGGAGAAAGACCUUAUGAGUGCAGUGAAUGUGGGAAAUCUCAUACCAGUAGCUCUGACCUCCACAGACAUCAGAGAGUUCACACUGGAGAAAGGCCUUAUGAGUGUGGUAAAUGUGGGAAAUCUUAUACCAGUGGAUCUGCCCUCCGUAGACAUCAGCGAGUUCACAGUGGAGAAAAGCCUUAUGGAUGAGGUGAAUGUGGGAAAUCUUUCACCAUUAGCUCUGCUCUUCAUUAUCAUUAGGGAGUUCACACUGGAGAAAGGUCUUAUGAGUGCAAUGAAUGUUGUAAAUUUUUACUUGGAGCUCUGUCCUUUUUAAUCAGAGAAUUCAUACCAGAGAAAGGCCUUAUGUGUAUCAUGUAUGAGGGAAUCUUUUCCUCUAGCCCACAAGUUCAUCAUGUGAGAGUUCACCCGGGAGAAAGACCUUAUGAAUUCAUUGAAUGUGCCUUUGUCAUCACUGAGCUGUUCACACUGGAUAAAGGCUUUUCAAAUGCAGUGAAUGUGGGAAAUCCUUUCUGUAUCAGUCACCUCCAUUGGCAUCAGAGGGUUCUCACUGGGAAAUGGCCUUAUGUGUCCAGUGAAUGUGGCAAGUCUUUUUGUUGUAUCAGUACUUUCUAUUAUUAUGAGAGUUUACACUGCAGUUAUCUCAGUAUCGUUACCCUACUGGGGCAUCUGUGGGUGACAGUAAAUCUCCCCAGAGCUCACUUCACUGAUACGAAUCAAUGAAGGCGCUAACCACGGCCCUUUUGAGAAUCAGUAGAGGUAAUGAAAUUCAGUAAACACUUAUAGGCAGUAGUAUUGCAGGAUUUGCUUUUUUAUUAUUUUCUUUUUAAUUCAAAUGCACCCUGGGGAUUAAUAACUAUUAUUAUAUUUCUGGGGAAAUCAAGAUCAGGAAUAAGAAUGGAUUUUUCCAUCGUCACACAGUAGACAAGUGUCAGGUUCAAGAGGUUGGCUUCAAACUUGUAAAUCUGGCACCAGUGCUGGGACAGUCUCUACCAUGGCAUAUUAAGUAAUCAGUGCAAGGGAGGAGGACAGCAAAUUAAAUGGUAAAUUCAAUUGUUACGGAUGUUUUAAUUGUUGUAAUUUGUAAGAGGCCCCAUUCCACAAAGUUUCUCCCAUUCGUGGAUGAAAAUAAGUCAUCCCAGACACAAUCUGUUGUUCUGGUGGGAAAGGGGCUGGAGAUUCCCCUUAGCAGAGAAUGCCCCAAGCCCUUCUCUGAAAUGGCUUUUAUUGGGAUCUGUAUGUACAGGGGUAUACAGCAUACAUGCAUAGCUUAUCAAUCAAUGUCCAACGGCUAUAGUUGUAGAAAACAAAUAUUAUCUAUAGAUAACAAUUGAAGGAACACAGAGAUCUGCCUCAGGUCAGGGUCUGUUUGACAUGCCAAUGCCAGAUGGUUGUUAAACCAUAUUUCAUGAGACAAGGAGUUCACUCCUUAUGCUUUGAACUUAAACAUCUGGUUUAUAUCAAGGGGGCUAUAGCAAAGCAAAGCAAAGCAAAGCAAGCUUCAAAGGAUAUAAUGCAUUCUUCAGGCCUGAUUUCCCACCAGAACCCUCAGUGUUAGUAUUGGGAUGUACCUGCCACCUGCACUCCCUGCGUUCUGAUUGAGACUUACCGGCCUCUUUCAAGGGCUUGCUCUUGUGGGGCUACAGUUUCCAAUACUUCACAAAGUGGUCCCCAACAGUAAUUAUCAUGAAUUUCCCACAUUUUCCUGAUCUUAAAGUGUUUAACAUCUGGCUCAGAGUCUUCGUGGGAAAACUAUAUCAUUUCCAGUGGUUCUUCCAGGGGAAACUACUUUAAACCUCAUCUGCACUUUGUUAUUUUAUUUUAUAAUUUUUUAAAUAUUUUUGAGUUUAUAACAGCUCAGAACUAAGGAGACCCCAGUAAUUCAGGGAAGAGUCUUUCUUCAUGUUCACUUUCUUUGGCAUGGCAUGCCUGCAUGUUAUCCACUGUGGUAAAUGUGGUGCAUCAGUUUGACCCAUUGAGUGUUUUUGGUACAUGUCGCUGACAUGCGCUCUGUAGUAUUGAGGACAGGUGGACCUGAUACCUGGGACAUAUUUAGAAGUGAUGCUGGAGACCUAUAUAGUAUUGUUAUCUCCUUGGAGGAUAGUUCACCUCAUUUUCAUACAGGAAACUCAGUGUGCACUUGACCCUGUACUCUGUCAGGACUGGCUGGAGGAGACAGUGUUGCUCACCAUCUAUUCCCUGAAGCCCUGACCAUGUUCAGCAGCCACAUUCUCCUUUCCAGUGUCCCUGUGUCUGCACCAGAGAUCUUUGGGUAGGAACAUAGUCCUUCUGAACACAAGCCCUCAUUCCAAUGCCUAGUACACUCUGGCCACAACUGAGGUUCUUAUUCCUGAUUCUCCAGACAAGGGCCAAUUGGCCAAAUCAUGUUGAGUCAGUCUCUAUGAAGCUCAGUUAGCAGAGUUAUGGUUACCGGGCUUUUUCAGAGAAGAGAGUGAGUCCGGAACAUCUGCAAUCUGCUUUCAUGAUAUCUCCCUAAACAACACAGUCCAUUUAAAGGUACCAGGUGACGUGGGUGGACACUGAAAAAUGACCCCUUUCCCCUUGUUUCAUCCUCACUGCUGUCAGUAGACUGCCUUAGAUUAGUGCUGAAUCUCUAAAGCCCUUGUGUUACUGAUUUUCCAUUUUCAGCAGACUGAGCAAGCAGCCCUGAGUAGCCCUUGUAAGUGACCUUGGGACUUUAGAGCAUUAUUUUUAUGUCAUUUUCAUGUUAACUCAUCACUUAAUCAUAAAUCAAACAGGCUUUCCCACCUAUUGGACACAUACAUUUUUUAGGAUAGAAUGUAUGUGAGAAAAAUUAAGUGUAGCUCAUGUUAAAGAGAAUAAUACUAUUGUACAGUUAAUGACCCCUAAGCAGAGAUCAGGUGUCAGGUCAUUUGUAAGGCCAGUUGAAACUCCUCUUGUUGAACUCUAACAUCAUCGCCAGCCUUAAGCUUUAAGUUGCCUUGCAUGCUUGAUUAUAUUGUUACUUGUAUUUCAUUGAUGUGUUUUUUCUGGUGUGACUUGUCCCACUAAAUCCUACAGAAAGUUUUUACACUCACUCUCAUAAAAACAUGUUAUUAAAAUACUGCUACAGAAUCCUGUUUGCAAAUCAUGCUUUGAAAAGGUCAAAAUGCAUACCCCAAAAUUUCCAUAGAUAUGAAUAUGUACUCAAAAAAUUGAUAACUCAUUAUCUUUAUUAAUUGGGAAGCAAAGUUCUUAAUAGUGAACAUGGAGAGGUUCUGUGUUUUUGUUCAGCAAUGAGAGCAAUACUAGUUGACACAUUUGUAGAGAAAACCCAGAGUGUACAUACUAGGUAACCCUAAAGCAAGUGGAUGAGUUGGCACCAUGUCUAAUAGACACUCAGAAUAUUAUCCCUCUGUCUCAUUCAGUAUUUGUAUUUUUAAGAAGAUAUUAAAUCAUUUACUAACUACACAUCCUAAUGGAUGAUCCACAGAUUUGAUUGCCAUCUAUAUUUUUAUCAGGUACAAUAGUUGAAUUUAGAUGUAUUGCAUAGAAUGUGUCAACAAUCCACAUUAACUUUCAUGACUGCUUGGGUGACCCUUUUAAUGGCAAACUCCAGGUCACAGAACAGUAUCUAUCAAUUAUACCACACACCAAGUUUUCUGAAGACAAUGGCUUAUGUGCCUAAGCAAAUUGUAAAUAAGUUUUGAGUGAAACCCGGCAUCACUCUGGAGAAAUUCUAACUUCACAGUCUUUGGGUAAUUUACCAAGAUAGCUUUCAGGUGAACUAAUGUUCACAGCACAUUUUAAAAGAAUAUAUUUAGGCCUGACUAGUGUGGCUCAGGUAGUUUUGUGUCAACCCAUUAAGUGAAAAGUUGCAAGUUCCAUUCAUGGUCAGGGCACAUAGCUAGGUUGUGGGUUCUGUCCUUAGUUGGGGCAUGGGCUAGAGGCAACUGAUCGAAAUUUAUCUUUCACAUAGGUAUUUCUCCCUCUUUUUCCCUCCCAUUUCCUCUCUCUAAAAAAAAUAAAUACUUUUUAAAGUAAAGACAUUUAUUCAGUGUCUUUAUCAGAGCAUGACAUUUAGAAAUCAAUAUCAUGAGUGUAAACAAGUCUAUAUUAAAACUGUUAGAAUGCA